AUACAGUUGUCAUGUUCAGAUCACAAAGUUAAGACUAACAGCAUUCAACUAAAUUUUUUUUUUAAAUAUAUUUUUAAAUUGAUAUUUUUACUAUUUAGAAUUUUAGAUGUAAUAACCUUGUUUAUACAGACAAAUCAUAAAAUAAAAUAAAUUAAUAAAUAUACAUAUUACUAUGUAUUAAUUAAUUCUUAUAAUUGUUUCCAUUACAUAAUAUCAAUAAAUCGAAUUGUUCAACUCGUACUCCGCUACAGCUGUGAUCUUCAAUGACACUCUCGAGAAAAAGUUUACUCAGAUCAAUGAUGGAUACAGCCAAGCGCAUUUUGAAAUCAACAAUUUUCAUGUUAUGGAUUGUAUUCUUCACAUUGAUAUAUUGGACUUACUUGUAUUAUUCUCUGACUACAUUUGAAGUGCCUCUCAGUGAACCACGUUCUCUCAUCUCAAGCCACAAUAAAUCUGGAUAUUUAAUUAAUACAUCGGGAUGUCGAAUUCCUGAAAUGUAUAUGAAUGGACCUGAAAUAGAAAAAUAUUUUGACCCAAACGUAGAACUAAAUUGCAAAACGAAAUGGAACAGUACUUUGCCAUAUUUAAUAACCUCAGAUUUAACAUCUCUAAUAUUAAAUAUGAGUGCGUGGGCUUCUUUAAAUAUCAGUGAAAGUGAUAAAAGUUUCAAAUGUUAUUAUAUUCCAAUAGAAAGGUCAGCAUUGGAAAAAGACCAAGAUCCCGACACAUUUAACGAUAAUGGUGUGAAACUUGGCGAAAAAAUAUAUUUCGUACACAAUACAACAGUUUCAAACGAAAUGGUUGAAGUAGUAUGCACAUUAAAUUCAAAUAUAAUUUACAAAUAUUAUCAUAUAUUUAUACGACCAUCUUCAUCAAUAAGAAAACGAAAAGACGGAGAAGUAAGUAUAUUACUUUUGGGUUUGGAUUCGGUAUCUCGUAUGAACUUUCAUCGUCAAAUGCCAAAAACCAGUGCGUUCUUAUCUGAACUUGGCACUGUGGAAAUGAUAGGUUAUAAUAAAGUUGAGGACAACACGUUUCCAAAUGUAAUCCCCACACUAACCGGAAUGUCAAUAGAAGAGUUGAAAAUAAAUUGUUGGCCUAAUAACUACGACUUUUUUGACAAAUGUCAUUUUGUUUGGGAUGAUUAUAAAGAUGCAAAUUUUAGCACAAUUUUUGCAGAAGAUAGUACUAUAAUUGGAAUGUUUAAUUAUUUAAAAUUUGGAUUUUUUAAGCAACCCACUGACUAUUACUUAAGACCGCUUUUGAAUCAUGCAGAAAAUGGCAUAGGACACAAAUUGAUUUUAAACACUAUAGGUUGUUAUGGUACUCGGUUGGCUAUGACCAUGAUGCUUGAUUUUGCUAUUAAAAUUGCAUUAUCUAUGACUAAUCACUUAUACAUGAGUGUAUUUUGGACGACAAGUCUAACGCAUGAUUACGUAGAGUAUCCAAAAUUUGGUGACGAUGAUUUAAGGGACUUUUUUGAUGAAUUUAACAAGUCUGGUGAGCUCAACAAAACGAUCGUCAUACUAAUGAGCGACCACGGAAUAAGGUGGGGAAGGUUUAGGAACACAUACCAAGGGAGUUUGGAAGAUAAACUACCUAUGUUGGAUUUCGUCAUACCACAAUGGUUUCAAAACAUGUAUCCUAGCGCAAUGGAAAAUUUGAAUAAAAACACUAAUCGACUUACAACGCCGUAUGAUUUACACGAGACACUAUUAGACUUCAUCGAUACGAAAAGGCUCGAUGACGAUUCAAUUGCGAGACGAACGAAAAUGAAUAAAAAUAAAAGAGGUACAAGUUUAUUUCUAGAAAUUCCAGAAAAUAAAAAUUGUGAAACAGCAGGAAUACCUAAAAACUAUUGCGCCUGCCACGAGGAGAGGCAGGAAUUAGCUGUAGAUGACGCAAACGUCGUUGAGGCGGCCAAAGCCUUAAUGAAAUAUGUAAAUUUCAAGUUGUCGAAGUAUAAUACACUUUGCGCAUUUCUAACGCUACAUGAGAUCAAUAAAGCUUCAGUGGAAAUGAGAAAAGAUAAUAAUUCUUUGAAAGAUUACGAGAUACAAGUAACUACGGUUCCAGGGUUUGCGAAAUUCGAAGCAACAUUGAGGCAUCAUAACGACAACUUUAAAAUGGUGGGUUCAGUUAGUAGAUUAAAUUUAUAUGGCAAUCAAAGUAUUUGUAUGAACGAAGCUAAAAUGAAGUUAUUGUGUUAUUGUAUACAUGAAAAUUAAACUCAAUCACAUACUCGUAAUGCCCGAAACUCAUAUAGUCAUAUCAUUAUGCCAAUGUAUAUUAUGAACUAAAUAUCUGUACUCUGUAGGUAAUGUCCCAAAUCCAUACCCUUGUGUGAAUCAAUGUGUUUGUUUUAUUUAUCAGUACCCGAUGGAUAUAAUAUAGUAUAUGCUUUGCAAUAAUAAUUAUUGUUAUAAUGAAAGACGAAAUAAAUCGACUUUUCAAAUAGAGUUUAAUUUGUUUUGUAACGUGAUAUUUUUAAUUUUAUGUAAAAUAUACUAUUAGAAUUUUUUGGUU